AUGGAGUGGGAAAAAUUAAAGAAACCGGAAUUGUUCCAGCUUUCAGAGGAAUUGGGACUUCAAGUAGCAAAAACUACCAAAAAGCAGCAGCUCAUUGAUAAGAUUCGUGCAUUAGGUUUUGAAAAUGAGGAGAUCUUGGAGAGCUGGGAAGAGGUCGAGAAAAGAGAAAUCAAUCGACAACGGGAGCUCGAUUUUCAACAGCAGCAACUCGAUUUCAAUAAGCGGGAACAGGACUUGAAAGAAAAGGAGAUCGAGAUUGAGCGUCAAAAACUUGAGGUGGAGCAAAAGAAACUCGACAGCGGGCAGGCUAGCUCAGAGCGCUCAAUUCAAGGGAAAGUCGAGGGUUUCAAAAUGUCGAAGCUUAUGCAGCCUUUUAAAGUAGAAGAGGACAUUGGUCUCUUUCUGGUGAACUUUGAGCGUACCUGCGAGAAAAUGGGUUUCGGGCGAGAAACUUGGCCGCAAAGACUGCUGACGCUCCUCCCGUGUGAGGCCGCGGACGUGGUCGCGCGAUUGAGCAGGGAGGACGCCGAAGAGUACGCAAAGGUAAAGGCGAGCCUGCUCCGCAAGUAUCGCCUCACAACAGAGGCCUUUCGCCAGCGAUUCCGUACCAUGCGAAAGAAACCAGAGCAGGGAUAUCCGGAUCUCGCAUACGACCUGCGUGCAAAUUUGAUUGAGUGGCUAAAAAGCGCGGACGUCUACGGGCAGCACGAUAAGGUUGUAGAAUGCGUGGCCCUCGAGCAGUUCUACCGUUGCCUCCCAGACGCUGUGAGGUUCUGGCUGCAGGACAAGCCUGACGUGAACACCGUCGAGAGGGCGGGGGAGCUGGCCGAGGAGUACGCUUCACGCAGAAAAGCGGGAGAGGAGCGCCCGCUCAAGAGGGAAGCUAGAGGAGAGCCUAAUAAGCCCUAUGGAACCGGCAAAUGGCAUGCGGCAAAGGCCGGCAAAGACAGCUAUGGGGAAAGUAGGCGACACGGAGGAAAGUCUCCAAACGAGGACGGCUCUAAAGAGCCCAGGUUCAAUGAGAAGGGAAAGCCCGAGGAAAAAAAAGGCGUUUGA